AUGUUCAAUGAUCCUCCACUUGAGCCGAUCCCCCGCGGGAUCCCCGAUUUCAUGUGUAAUCUUGAUACAGUGGCGUUCGAGAGUAGAACUGUUAUCAACGAACUAGCAGGAGAUAAAGAGACGUGGGAAGUAGCCGGAAUAUUGCAACGUCAACGCGUCGUCGGUUUGGGCAUUCAAUGCAAUGCCGGUGAACAGGGCAUCCACGCUGUAGACACCUAG